UAUACCCUGGUAUAGACUACCCAAGUAAAAGGAAUGUAUAGGUAAAUGCCGCACUCCUAAAAUGACUUGCUCCGAAAGGUUUGCCUACCGUAUCGAGUCGUCUGGACUCGACUAUUUCGUGCUUAUACAGCUGAUGUAAACAGUAUAUUUGGACAAUUUUGGAGCAAACGUGUACUUUAGUCGUACACUUACGUAUGCUGCAGUAUAUACUUACAUUCUCGACUGAAACACUAGACAAAGUGUACAAAAGAAGUAUCAUCAAAACGCUGGAGGCAAAGUUAGAAGUUACGUGUAUUUUUGUGUUUUUCACGAAGCAAUAAGAUCUUUUCACUUGAUUUCUCGUUUGCCAUCAAAUCUGCUUCAUAUAGGAGUCUGCUGUAUUUUUAAAAAUGGUCCUGAACGGGGCCUCAGAAUCUUCCAAAACGUCUGUUGCUGAGUUUCUCAGUGGAUUGCCUUCGAUCAAUGAAAACAAUUUUGCUAAUUUCCACACGGACAAUGCUAAUAGGACUUGCAUAAAACGACCAUCUGUCUAUCUUCCCACAAAAGACUAUCCUUCAGAACAGGUUAUUGUGACGGAAACUAAAACGAUUAUUUUAAAAUAUUUGCAUCAGAAAUGGGAUAAAAAUUUGGCAAACAACGGAAGAAAAAGGGACUUGCUGUCAACAAAUGGUGAUUCCCCAGAAGAGGGGCGAAAGCGACCUAGAUUAGACAUCAGCAAUACCAUAUAAGUACAAUUUACUUUACAAUCAUACAUGUAAUUUUAGUUAUUAAGUUACUAUGCAGAGAGCACAAUUAUUGAAACCAGAUUUCAAACAACUUGCAUACCUUACAGAUAUCUUCUUAAAGUUUGAGAGUUUUUCCUCGCUCUUAAACAACUAACUUAUACUACAGCUUUGUAAGUUGUGUUCAAUUUGUUGUGUCUUUCCUCUGAAAAAUUGUUAAUAUUAUUUUGUAAAAUACAUAGGAUUAUGAUUAUGAUAUAAGUGUUGGAAUUUUUAACAUCGUGAUUCAUCGUAUUAUGAUUUUUUUGAACUUGUUAUGUACAUAAAUGUAUUUAGAAAAAUAAGAUGAUA